CGUGAUUCUCGCUGGAUACGAGAUUACUCCGGGUAAUCAGAAAGCUUGACGUAAUAAUGUACACAAACUUCGUAAAGUUUUAAGUAACAUUUUGCAAAAUGAUUAAAACUUCCUGGUUUUGGUCUCCAUAUUGUGUUUGAGUUUUAGACAAAUUAACCGCAUUUUUUAAGGGUUUUGUUACUUUCAAACUUGUAAAUUGUCAGGAAAAAUUAUUGUUGUUCAGAAGAAGUAUUUGGCACCUGUAUUACCCCAGGUGUGAGGGUGUGGUGAAUCUUUAGAAUUAUAUUGUCAAAUCAGGAAGUUCGAAAAUGAACCGUCAUACAGGUGGAAUAAUUCUGUUUAUACUCUUCAAUUGCCUUCCUUACUUAUGUACAGCAGCAGCAUAUGGUGAUAAUUGUACUGAUACAAGUGAAUGUACUGAUGGUAGUUAUCUAGAGUGUAAUACAGACAAGAAAUGUUCAUGCUCAACAGGAUAUAUAGCAAAUGGGACUGUUUGUAAUGCUGAUCUUGGAACAGGCUGUUCAAAUGUAGUAUCUUGUUAUGAUCAAAAUUCUGAGUGUGUUGGAGUCCUGACACAAUGUUCAUGCAAAAAUACUCAUUAUGAUGACAAUGGUGAUAAAAGUGGAGGAACAUGUCAGUUGAAAAACAUAUUAGGUGAAGAAUGUCCAGAUCCAAAUACUGUUCUAGGUACAUGUUCUACAGGUAAUAGUGGAUGUUCAUAUGAUGAUUCCUCAUCAACUAACUACAGAUGUAAAUGUGUAUCACCAAAUGUGGUUCAAAAUGGAAAGUGUGUAGAAGCUACAUGGUCUAACUGGUCAAACUGGGAAAGUUGUAGUCUUACAUGUGGUAGCGGAACAAGAACUAGAACACGGACAUGUUCUGUUGCUAAUAGUUGCACUGGAAUUGCCACAGAAAGUGAAUCAUGUUCAAAUGGAGUUUGCCCAGUGGAUGGUAUUUGGGGAAAUUGGACACCAUGGUCAGCCUGUUCUCCAACUUGUGGUGACAGCAGUGGUCAACGGACUAGAUCAAGAAAUUGUGAUAGCCCUGCAGCAUCAAAUGGUGGGAAUGAGUGUGUUGGUGACAAGAUACAAACACUGCAAUGUACCAUAAGCAAAUGUCCAGUGGAUGGAGGAUUAAGUGAAUGGUCAGCAUGGUCAUCUUGCUCAGUCUCAUGCGCUGGUGGGUCACAGACAAGAUCUCGAACAUGUACAAAUCCUACACCACAAUAUGAUGGUAAAGAUUGUACGGGUCAUAGAUCUGAAACACAAGCAUGUGAAAUACAAGCUUGUCCAGGUGAUCUUAAACAUGAUAUUUAA